AUGUUAUUCUUCACAUUGACUCAUUUAUCAACAUUAUUGUGUAUUAGUAUUACUAUUAGUAAUAUGAUUGUACAAUCUAAUGCUCAAACAAAUAUAGAUAUCACUUUAUCUCAUGGUGGAAUAAUUCGUGGUCAAGAAGAAACUGUCAUUAUAAAUGGCAAUACAAUUCAAGUGAAUCAUUUCUUAGGUAUACCCUAUGCUAUGCCACCAAUUGGUGAAUUACGUUUUGCUCCACCUAAAAAACAUCCCGGUUGGACUGGUCUACGUAAUGCAACUAAAUUACCAGCAACAUGUUGGCAAUAUAUAUUUGGAGGAUUUGAUGCAGUCAAUCCAGCUGGUAAAAUGUGGAUUAAUAAUACGGAAAUGAAUGAAGAUUGUUUGUAUAUGAAUAUAUGGACACCGAAAUCUACGACGACAACUGCUGCGCCUGGUGCUGUGAACAAUCAACGUUUCCCUGUGAUGGUAUGGAUAUACGGUGGGGGGUUUACAUCAGGCAGUGCUAAUCUACAAGUCUAUAAUGGUGCUAUACUUGCAGCGAAACAAAAUGUCAUUAUUGUAUCAAUGCAAUAUCGUGUCGGUGCAUUCGGUUUCUUACGAUUAAAUCCCAAUGUUGGCAAUAAUCAUAGCCAAUUAGAAAGUGAACAACAAUCAAUUGCUUUAGGUAAUCAAGGUUUACUAGAUCAAUUGAUGUCAUUACAAUGGGUACAUGAAAAUAUUCAACAUUUUAAUGGUGAUCCAAAUCAAGUGACAUUAUUUGGUGAAUCAGCUGGAGCUGUCAGUGUAUCGAUUCUAUGGAUGUCACCAAUGGCUCAACCAUAUUUUCAAAGAGCUAUAUUACAAUCUGGUAGUGUAUAUGCACGAUGGGCUUUAGACAGUGCGAAUGAAGCGCAUGGAAAAGCAGUUGAAUUUGCUUUAGCUUGUGGUUGUAAAUCCCCAUCAUUAGAUCGUAAUGCAAGUUUACGAUGCCUACAAAAUUUGGAUCCAUUAACAUUAGUCAAUCAAUUGGAUAGUAUAAACACAGCGAUUGGUCAACGUCGACAGCAUACUUUUCAACAAUGUUUACACCGUAAGGAUGAAUCUACUCUUCUUCUUCCAGGUCAAUCAACAAGUACACGAUUAUAUUUUGAUGUUCCUUUAAAACCGGUUAUCGAUGGUUUACUUAUCCCAAAACAUCCUGAUGCAAUUUUUAAUAAUGCAAAGAAUUCCAGUGCAUUCAAAUCGAAUCCAGAAUUAUUAAUCGGUGUUAAUGAGAAUGAAGCAAUGUUUUUCAUUCUACCAGGUAUUUCAAUCAAUAAUACACAAUUUCUCUAUCCAAAUGGUACAGUCGACCUACCGAAUACAAUUCAAUUAGCCGCUGCUGCUGGUAAUAGACAACCGUCACAAAUCGAUACUAAGGAUGAAUUAGCUGAUUUCUACUGGAUUACAACAACACAAAUGUUAGAUGAAUCACAGAUGAGACUUGGUCUUGCGAAAAUCCCUGCCUAUUAUUAUAAUUUACCAAUACGAUCUACUUCAACAAGUGGUUUUCAAGAUCCAGAUACAAUGAAAAUGACAGCUGAAGAAUUAAUGCAACGUUUAGAUCGACUAGCUGGUGAUUUAGAUUUUGCUUGUCCUACUUUAAAUUUUGCUGAACAUGUAGCUAGAUUACCAAAUGCUAAAGUAUUUCUAUAUCGUUUUAAUAAACGUACAAAAGCAUUACCAUUACCUAAAUGGACAGGUGUUAUGCAUGGUUAUGAAAUUGAAUAUAUCUUUGGUAUGCCAUAUGAUGCAAAAUUUUCUAAAGAAUUUUAUAAAUUUACUGAAGAUGAAGAACAAAUGAGUUCAUUGCUUAUGAAAUUAUGGACCAAUUUUGCUAAAACUGGUAAUCCAUCUAAGGAUGAAAAUAAUAUAUUACAAAAACCAGAAUGGCCUUUAUAUCGUCGUACAGAUGAAUUAAUUACCAGUGAAUCUGAUUAUCUUCUUAUUGAAGAUGAAUUGAAACCAGCUACAGGAUUACGUCGUGAUCGAUGUCGAUUUUGGUUACAUGAAAUGAACGACUUGGCGAAUAUAUUACAAAAUACAUGUGACCUUCGAUCAGCUGGGAUAAAACCAAUUGGAAAUUAUAUUUUAUUCACUGGACUAUGGUUCAUUCUUUUCAUAUGGAUAUUUAUUUCAUAA